AUGGACGACAAUAUGGACACAAAAUCCAUUCUAGAAGAACUUCUCCUCAAAAGGUCACAGCAAAAGAAGAAAAUGUCACCCAAUAAUUACAAAGAGAGGCUUUUUGUUUUAACCAAAACACACCUCUCCUACUAUGAAUAUGACAAAAUGAAAAGAGGCAGCAGAAAAGGAUCGAUUGAGAUUAAGAAAAUCAGAUGUGUGGAGAAAGUUAAUCUUGAGGAGCAGACCCCUGUGGAGAGACAGUACCCAUUUCAGAUUGUCUAUAAAGAUGGGCUUCUCUAUGUGUAUGCAUCAAAUGAAGAGAGCCGAAGUCAGUGGUUGAAAGCACUACAAAAAGAGAUAAGGGGCAACCCCCACCUGCUGAUCAAGUACCACAGUGGGUUCUUCGUGGACGGGAAGUUCCUGUGCUGCCAGCAGAGCUGCAAAGCGGCCCCAGGAUGUGCUCUCUGGGAAGCAUAUGCUGAUCUGCACACUGCACCCAAAGAAGAAAAACACAUGGUUCCCAUCUUCCCAGACAGAGUGCUGAAGAUUCCUAGAGCAGUUCCUAUUCUCAAAGUAGAUGAACCAUCUUCAAGUACCACUCUAGCCCAGUAUGACAGUGAUUCCAAGAAAAACUAUGGCUCCCAGUCAAACAUCAACAUGAAGUAUAUUCCAAAAGACGACUUCCCUGACUGGUGGCAAGUAAGAAAACUGAAGAGCAGUGAAGAUUUGGCAUGCAGUAAUCAAAGGGAAAGAAAUGUGGUAAAUCACAACACCUCAAAGAUGUCAUGGGGCUCCCCUGAGUCAAGUUCAUCUGAAGAAGAGGAAAACCUUGAUGAUUAUGACUGGUUUGCAGGUAACAUCUCCAGGUCACAAUCAGAGCAGUUACUGAGACAAAAGGGGAAAGAAGGAGCAUUUAUGGUUAGAAACUCCAGCCAGGCGGGAAUGUACACAGUGUCCUUGUUUAGUAAGGCUAUGAAUGAUAAAAAAGGAACUGUCAAACAUUACCAUGUGCAUACAAAUGCUGAAAACAAAUUGUACCUGGCAGAAAACUACUGUUUUGAUUCCAUUCCAAAGCUUAUUCACUAUCAUCAACACAAUUCAGCAGGCAUGAUCACACGGCUCCGCCACCCUGUGUCGACCAAGGCCAAUAAGGUUCCCAUCUCUGUGUCCUUGGGAAGCGGAAUCUGGGAACUGAAACGUGAAGAGAUUACCCUGUUGAAGGAGCUGGGAAGUGGCCAAUUUGGAGUGGUCCAUCUGGGCAAGUGGAAGGGGCAGUAUGAUGUUGCUGUUAAGAUGAUCAAGGAGGGCUCCAUGUCAGAAGAUGAAUUCUUCCAGGAGGCCCAGACCAUGAUGAAACUCAACCAUCCCAAGCUGGUGAAAUUCUACGGAGUGUGUUCAAAGAGAUACCCUAUAUACAUAGUGACUGAAUAUAUAACCAAUGGCUGCUUACUGAGUUACCUGAAGAGUCAUGGAAAAAGACUUGAACCCUCCCAGCUCUUAGAAAUGUGCUAUGAUGUUUGUGAAGGCAUGGCCUUCUUGGAGAGCCACCAAUUCAUACAUCGGGACUUGGCUGCUCGGAACUGCUUGGUAGACAGUGAUCUCUCUGUGAAGGUUUCUGACUUUGGGAUGACGAGGUAUGUUCUUGAUGACCAGUAUGUCAGUUCCGUAGGAACAAAGUUUCCAGUCAAGUGGUCAGCCCCAGAGGUGUUUCACUACUUCAAAUACAGCAGCAAGUCAGACGUAUGGGCGUUCGGGAUCCUGAUGUGGGAAGUGUUCAGCCUGGGGAAGCAGCCCUACGACUUGUACGACAACUCGCAGGUGGUCGUGAAGGUCUCCCAGGGCCACCGGCUCUACCGGCCCCAGCUGGCGUCGGACACCGUCUACCACAUCAUGUACAGCUGCUGGCACGAGCUUCCAGAAAAGCGUCCCACAUUUCAGCAGCUCCUAUUGUCCAUUGAACCACUUCGGGAAAAAGACAAGCCUUGA